GGUUUACUUAAUCACUAGAUGAUCAAUUCCGGUUCUCAGAGAACCGGACUGAGACCAUUUCAAUUCACUUGAACGGUGGCUCCAUCAUCAUCAUCUACCCACCAAAAACCCUAAAAGCUUCCGGAGCCGCCAAGAUCUCAGUUUCCAUGGCGCUUCAUCUCGCCAGACCUAAACAAAGGUUACAUUCUAAUCCAUCUCUCAUUCAUCUUUUCUCAACCUCCUCCUCAUCUCCUCAAGACGGGAACGAAUCUAGCGAGCAGCCCUCUCAAUCACCGUCUUCUUCAUCUUCAUCGCCGCCAGAUUUCAAAAUAUCUUCCUACUUCAGUGGUAUCAGAAGCAGUCUCAAACAGACUCAGCCUCAGGACGGGAGGAGACAGUUCGUCAGAUUCGAUGCUAAAGCUCCGAAUCCGGCGACGUCGCUCUCCGGCGGCCGAAAUCAGGAUAUCAGGAGGAAUCUGAACGAGUUCCGAAGUAGAGCAGUAGCUCCGCCGCCGAGGGAUUGGCAGGAUAUUUACAAACAGAAUGUAUUACCAAAAUCGGAUGGGACUCGUAAAAUCGAAGGUAUUCCAUUAACAAACAUAAAGGCGAACUUAAGGCAGAUGAGACCACAAGCUAACACUGAGAGCAAAUGGGCCACUUUAUCUGGGUUACAGAACACUAUGAAGACGAAUUUGAAAUUCAAUGAAAAUCUCCGGUCAAAUGUAAUCGGAGGAGGAGAAGGAUUGCCAUAUUCAGUGUUUGAAAAGGAAUUAGAAGAAGGGCAGAAGAAUGAAAAUGAGACAGAGGAGAUGAAAUCAGAGUUUAUCAAGAGUUAUGAUCCAAUUGAAUUGGGAGAGAAACUAAGAUUGUAUAGACCAGAGGGAAAGAAAGAACUAGGUUGGUUCUCAUUACAUGAGCUCAAUCAGAGGCUUGUUAAGCUCAGGGCCAUGGAAGAGGAACAAUUCGAGAGAACGAGGACAUCGCAUCCCUCCUUCGUCAAGGAAUUGAGGUCUGCGUAUGAAAAUGAAAAGGCUGUAAAAGCUCAGAAAUCAGUUCCUUUUCAGAAUACGGGCAUGUGGGCACUUUUAAAUGGUACCCCUAAGUAUAUGCUCGAGCCUCCGAAAGAUCAACUAGUUGAAACUUAUUUCCACCCGGAUAACAUGUCAUCUGCGGAGAAGAUGAAAAUCGAGCUUGCAAAGGUCAGAGAAGAGUUCAAGAUGUCAGAAUCGGAUUGUGGUUCUGCACGUGUUCAAGUGGCGCAACUGACCACUAAGAUCAAACAUCUAUCCUCGGUUCUACACAAAAAGGACAAGCAUUCGCGGAAAGGACUUAUAGCAAUGGUGCAGAGACGGAAGAAACUGUUGAAGUAUAUGAGACGAACGGACUGGGAUUCUUACUGCCUUUCACUGUCAAAACUCGGCCUUCGUGACAAUCCAGAUUACAAAUCAGAGCAAAGGUUCCACUUGAACCCAUUUCUGAUCCGUAUUCUCUCAACGUCCUCAUCAAACCUACUCUCUCAAUUACCGUCCAACUUCUUUACCAAGAAACCUCUCGUCGACCGGCCUAGGAAAUAUUCAGGCGAUGUUUUUGACCGGUUUGCUAUUCGUCCAUAUCGGAGAGAGAAACCUGAUGAAAUACAAAGCAGAGUUUCAAUAACAGAGCAGCCAAAGGAAGAAAAAAGGAGGAGACCUGGAAGACCCAAGAAGAAACAACUAGUAGAGAAGAAACCACCAAUGGACGAAAAGAGAAGCAGAGCUGCAAGUAUAGGAAGGAAAACGUUUACUGCUUUGGGUAGCUCUUCACGAAAUGCACUCAAGACUCAUCCAGAUUACAUAUGCAGUGUGACGCAUGCAAUGGAUGUUCUAAAUAGUCUACCUAGAGUGAAGAAGUGGUCGCCUUUAUACCGUGCUUCCAUGGAUCAUCUGAUGGCUGAUGUAGCUCACCGCCAAGCCUUUUUAACAUUCUCUGAUCCUGAGGAUAUGAUUCGGUACUUGAGGUAUAAGACCCGAAAAACGGAAAGAGAAUGAAGCUAGAUGCCUUUGUGGCUUUUAUGCUGGAUUUAGGUAUUUAGAUGAUGCUUUGUUUUCAUGUUUUUUCACUUUUUGUUGUGACUUUGCUUUGGUUUGCAAUCUAGUGCUGGUUUACUACUAUCAUUGAAUAAGAAGAUCGCUGAAAA